CUGCUUGAGAACGAAGAUAAUGAAGCAGAAUUAUUACAGUAUUAUAAGUUUCUUGGAAAAAUGCAAAACCAUGAAGGAGUUGAAGCAAAUACACAGCCUGAUGGUUACAACUUCAUUCAUCAAGAACAUAAUCCCCUGCAGCAGACUUAUUGAUUUUUGCGCAAAUUCCGAGCUGGGUGACAUCGAAUACGCAAGAUCAGUUUUCGAUGGCAUUGAUCAGCGCAGUGUCUACAUAUGGAACUCGAUGAUCAAAGGCUACUGCAAUGGCAGUGAUAAGUUUGAAGCUCUGUUUAUGUAUGAAGAAAUGCAGCGUAAAGGCUUCUCCCCAGACCAUUUCACUUUCCCUUUUGUGUUGAAAGUGUGCUCCAUAAUCGAUCUUCUUCGAUACGGGCAAGGCAUUCACAGUCGAAUUCUGAGAACUGGGUUUGAAUUAGAUUCGUAUACUUGUUCUUGUUUGCUCAAUAUGUAUGUUUCUUGUGGAGAUUUGAGUUCUGGGCUGAAGGUGUUUGAGUUUAUUCCCAAGCGGAAUGUGGUCGCUUGGACUUCAUUAAUUGCAGGGUUUGUGAAUAAUGAUCAGGCUAGUGAAGCUUUGAGAUUGUUCCAAGAUAUGGAGAAUGAAGGUGUGGAGCCUAAUGAAAUCACCAUGGCCACUGCCUUGGCUGCAGCCGCUCGUUGCAGGGAUAUCGUCGCUGGAAAAUUGGUUCACGAUCGUCUCUGCCAACUUGGUUACAAUCCAUUCGAUACAAACUCUUGCUUCAAUGUAAUACUUGCAACUGCAAUCAUGGACAUGUAUGCAAAAUGUGGCAAGUUGGUGACUGCUCGGAAUCUAUUUGACAAAAUGCCUCGAAGGAACUUGGUUGUUUGGAAUUCGAUGAUCGGUGCUUAUAGUCAAUAUGGUCGAGGCGUGGAGGCGUUACGUCUUUUUGUUGACAUGGGAUUGGCUGGGUUUGUUCCUGAUAAAGCAACAUUUCUGAGUGUGAUAAGUGCUGGCACCCAGCUGGGGUUUCAAUCAACAGGGCGAAGUCUACAUGCUCGUGUGUUAAAAACGAGCUUUGGCGAAUACGUUGCCAUUGGAACUGCUCUUAUGGACAUGUACGCCAAAGCUGGAGAUGCAGGUACUGCGUUGAAGAUCUUCAGCAAGUUGCAGAAGAAAGACGUAAUGGCCUGGACGACAAUGAUACUAGGCUUAGCAAUCAACGGCAAAGGCGAAGAAGCACUACAUAUGUUCAGAAGAAUGAAAGCAGAAGCUGACGUUGCUCCCGACCGGGUCACCUACAUUGGAGUUCUAUGGGCAUGUAGCCAUCUCGGGCUGGUUGAAGAAGGUCAGCAACAGUUCACCUCCAUGACUGAGGUUUACGGUAUCGAGCCUACUAUAGAGCAUUAUGGCAUCAUGAUCGAUCUCUUGAGUCGAGCAGGUCACUUCGAAGAGGCCCAGGAGUUCCUGAAGAAAAUGCCAAUGCAACCUAAUGCAACAAUAUGGAGUUCUAUUCUGAAUGGAUGUGAAAUGUAUGGAAAUGUAGGCCUUGCCAACAGAGUGAAAAGUCACAUAGCAGAGCUAAAGCAUUCCAGCAGUGGUGUUUAUGUACUUCUAUCAAAUAUUUAUGCUAGAGCCAGUAAUUGGCAGGGAAUGAAGCUGGCUAGAGGUAUGUUAAAGCAUAAAAGAAUAGGAAAAACUCUUGGGCACAGUUUUGUUGAAGUAAAGUUGCUGCCUUCAUAGCUAAUGCUACUAGUAUUGCGCACAUCAAUAGUUCCA